CGCAGCAGACGGAACCGCGCCGGCCCCGCCGCUCCUCUCUCGGAGGCAGCAGCCGCCACAAACCUUCAGCCCUUCUCCGCCUCUCCCUGCCCCGGAGCCAGCCCGGCCAUGACCAACCCCAGCUCUGCCUUCUCCAGCGGCUCGCUGUGCUCCGGGGAGGCGGCGGCGAGGAUGAGCCGCGGCCGAGGCGCCGGGAGCCCGAGCCCGGAGCGCCGCAGCCCCGACGGCGGCACCAGCGACGGGCCCGGCUCCGUGGGCAGCGGCUCCCUGGGCAGCCUGCGCUGCUCGCCCUUCCCCGGCGAGGGGCGGCUGCCGCCCCCCGUGCGCCUGGACAUCGACACCGAGUUCCAGGCCGUGCGGCAGCAGGAGAAGGAGGACAUCAAAGUGCUCAACAACCAGUUCGUGACCCUCAUCGAGAAGGUCCAGAGCUUGGAGCAGCAGAACAAGAUCCUGACAACCAGGUGGAACUUCCUGAAGGACCAGGACAAUUCCCACUCUGACUCGGACAUCAAGACCAUCUACGAGCAGUAUGUGAGCAAAAUGAACCAGGAGAUGAAGGCGCUCAACUACGAGCAGGAGAACCUGGAGUCGGAGCUGGCGAAGGUGCUGAGCACCAUGGACGCCUUCCGGAGCAAGUACGAGGAUGAAAUUCGCCUCUGCAGCGGGAUGGAAUUCACCUUCAUGGAGCUCAAAAAGGAUUUGGAUGUGAGCACUUUGCACCGCACGGAGCUGGAGGUGAAGCUCAAAGGGCUCCAGGAGCUGCUGGAGCUGAAGAAAACCAUCUAUGAGCAGGAACUGGAGGAGCUGCUGACGGAAAUCAAGGACAUUUCCGUGGUGCUGGGGAUCGACAGCUGCUCCCGGCCAGACCUGGGCAGGAUCGUGGAGGACGUCAGGGCCCAGUACGAGGCUCUGGCCCUGCGCAGCUGGGAGGAGGCCGAGGCCCUGACCCGGAGGAAGCUCACCGACAGCAGCUCCCAGCCCGGCUCCUUCGGGGGGCACCUCCUGGACAGCCGGCGGGAAAUCGCGGAUCUGAACAUCCGCAUCCAGAAACUGCGCUCCUGCAUCGUGUCCCAGAAGAGCCAGUGCCUGUACCUGGAGGAGCACAUCCGCGAGGCUGGCGAGCAGGGGGAGGGGACCCUGAGGGAUGCCAAGGCCAAGGUGGCCGGGCUGGAGGAGGCCCUGCAGCGCAGCAGGGAGCACAUGGCCCACCUGGUCCGCGAGUACCAGGAGCUCAUGAACAUCAAACUGGCCCUGGACGUGGAGAUCCUCACCUACAGGAAGCUCGUGGAAGGGGAGGAGAACAGCAUGGAGCAGCCCAUCCCCACCAUCAUCAGCGCCGUCCACUCCCGGCCCAGGCCUCUUUCUGCCAGCACCCUGCGGAACUCGCGGCUCUUUGCCCGGGGCUCGGCGCCCACGGAGCCCAGCGGGGGCGGCCCCGGGAGGGCCUGGGACGUGCCGGGGGCUCCGGACACCGGGACCCGGCCCAAGCUCAGCCCCGGGGCCCCCGGGGAGUGCUCCUAGGAGAACGGAUGGACGCGGAUCCCAAGC